GCUUCUCAGUUUAGACUCCGCCCAGCACAGAAGGAAGCGCCUGUUGUUUCACUUGGCCUGAUGCUGCCGCUGUCAUACCGAUCAUCUCCGCUUUUCACACCCGCUGAGUUUGUCUUCAUACACCAAAUUUUUUAUUUAGAAGGUGUAUAAUUGGAACAGCACACGGCAGCAAGAUGGUGAAUGAGGGUGCUGGAGCCCCUCGCAGUCGCAGGAGCUCUCACAAGGUAGCUCCGUCAUCAGACAAGGACGGACCUGAAAGAGACACAGAAGAGGUUCCUCUCUCUAGUAAUGGAAAAGUGGAGGUGGAGCAGAUUAUUAGUGCAAAACUCCAGCUGAAGAAGAAAGCUGAGCAUUUAAAAGCAGACCUGAUGAGACAGUUUGACGCUCAAGUGAAUGAGUUCAUGGACAGUCUGAUAGAGGAGUCUGCCAGUCUGGGCUCUUCGCAUGUCAGCACAGUCUUUCCUCUCUCAGAUAAGGAGAAAAGCAAACUCAGGAAUGCACAACCUUCUCAAGGCCAGAGCAAGCAGUUUGUGAUUCGCCGUUCGCUGUUAGAUGAUCUGUUUGAGGUGAACCACAUCCGCACUAUCUAUCACAUGUUCAUCGCUCUGCUUAUCCUCUUCAUCUUCAGCACGCUCGUCGUGGACUUCAUCGAUGAGGGCAGACUGGUGCUGGAGUUUGACCUGUUGGUGUACGCAUUUGGCCAGUUUCCUCUAGUGGUUGUGACAUGGAUGUGUAUGUUCCUGUCCACCCUUGUUGUUCCAUAUGUUCUGCUGGUUGUCUGGGCCGGUAUUUACUCCUCUUCACAGCAUCGGGUGUUAUGGACAGUGCUGGCUGGUUCUAUCCUGCUCAUCUACCAGGGGCUGGGUUUGGGUUUCCUUCCCACAUACGUGGUGCUGAAGAAUGGCCUUCCACCUGCUUCAUGCUUCAUACUGAUUCUAGAACAGGUGCGACUGAUGAUGAAGUCUCACUCUUUCAUCAGGGAAAAUGUGCCAAGAGUCCGAUCCUUAGAUCGAAAUAAAUCAAAUUUAGUAGCUGUUCCUCAGUUCACCCAGUACAUCUACUUUCUUUUUGCACCCACACUAAUAUACAAGGACAAUUAUCCACGAAAUCCAUGUAUUCGGUGGGGCUACGUGGCUACAAAGUUUUCUCAGGUGCUGGGUAGUUUAUUUUAUGCAUAUUACAUAUUUGUGCGGCUGUGUAUCCCUCAAUUUCGCAAUAUCAGCAUGCAGCUCUUCGACCCGAGGGCCAUGGUGCUGUGUGUCUUCAACUCCAUACUACCAGGAGUGCUUGUGCUUUUCCUGGCAUUCUUUGCUUUUCUGCAUUGCUGGCUUAAUGCAUUUGCUGAAAUGCUACGAUUUGGAGACCGAAUGUUUUAUAAGGACUGGUGGAACUCCACUUCAUAUGCAAACUAUUAUCGCACAUGGAAUGUUGUAGUUCAUGACUGGCUUUAUUACUAUGUCUACAGGGACUUCCUGUGGAUGACACAGAAGCGGUUUCGUGCGGUGGCCAUGUUGGUUGUGUUUACUGUGUCUGCUGUAGUACACGAGUAUGUUCUGGCCAUCUGCUUCGGCUUCUUCUACCCUGUCAUGUUCUGCCUCUUCAUGUGCUUUGGAAUGGUGUUUAACUUCGUCCUUCAUGACCGGAGGAAAGGACCGAUCUGGAACGUGAUCAUGUGGACAUCUCUGUUUUUGGGACAGGGGGUAAUGAUCUGCCUGUAUUCUCAAGAGUGGUACGCACAACGCUACUGUCCCAUUGAAGAGCCUUCCUUGAUAGACCUGCUGAAGCCUCGAUCCUGGACUUGUUAUCCACAGACUAAUGCUGCUGUUGACUCUCACUGAAUGGGAUUUACACCGAAGAACAUUCUUUAGGUAUUGCACUAUGAGUGAAAAAUGACAAUCACGAAGACUACAUUUUAUGAAGGGGCCUUAGAUAUGUUAUUUGUUGAGAUAUUAUUUAUUAUGACAGCCAUAAUAGAAUGUGGAACGUCUAAUGUGUUUCAGUCUAGUUAGCAUUUAACAAUCUAUUUUAGGUUCAAUCUGAUCUGGCUUAAAGAGAUUCUAUUUUUAGACACCUUUGUGAUGUCAUGAAGUUGAGAUCAGAUUUAGUUUACUGCCGUUUUAUUUAGAUUUUUAGUGUUUGAUACUGUUGUGUUUUUCCAUGGACUUGAAGAGUAAAUAUCUGGUAUAUUUUGGUUGAUUUUUUUUUUGCCUGGACUACAAAAAAAUCUAGAAUGUUUACAAAUGGGGUUUUGAAAUCUAAAACCCCAAAGGAAAUGAUGUGCCAUACUGCUGUGAAACAUUCAUUCAUACAUUUUCCUUCGGCUUAGUCCAUUUAUUCAUCAGGGGUCACCACAGCGGAAUGAACCGCCAACUUAUAGGCAAGGCAAGGCAAGUUUAUUUAUAAAGCACAUUUGAUACACAAUGGGAAUUCAAAGUGUUUUACAUAAACACAAAUAAAAGAAGCAAGAAAAAAAUAAUAAUUUAAAAAUGUAAAAAAUUAUUACAAACAGAUAAAUACAGAUUAAAAUGUGUUAAAACUGGUUAUAAAACAAUAAAAAAAAAGAAAGACAUAAUAGUGCAACCUGUCGGACGUAGCACAGUGCUCAUUCAGUAAAGGCACAGCUAAACAGAUGUGUUUUCAGUACAUUGGAUUUGAAUGUGCCUAAUGUUGGAGCACAUCUGAUCAUUUCUGGAAGCUGAUUCCAGCAGCGGGGAGCGCAGUAGUUGAAGGCGGAUUCACCCUGCUUUGACUGAACUCUUGGAAUUUCUAGUUUAUAUGAUCCUAAAGAUCUGAGUGAUCUGUUAGGUUUGUAUUCAGUGAGCAUAUCUGUAAUGUAUUGAGCUCCUAGGCCAUUUAGUGAUUUAUAGACCAGUAGUAAUACUUUAAAAUCCAUUCCGAAUGUAACUGGGAGCCAGUGUAAAUACCUGAGGACAGGUGUGAUGUGCUCUGAUUUCCUGGUUCUGGUCAGAAUCCUGGCAGCAGAGUUCUGGAUGAGCUGCAACUGUCUGAAUGUCUUUUUGGGAAGGACAGUUAGGAGUCCAUUACAGUAAUCCAUCUGGUCAUAAAAGCAUGAACAAGUUUCUUGAAGUCCUCACUGGGAACAAAGCAUCUAAUUCUUGCAAUGUUUUUGAGAUGAUAGUAUGCUGAUUAAGUUACUGCUUUGAUAUGCUUUGACUCAUGACUUUGACAUGACCACACAGCGGAUGACCUUCAGGCUACAACCCAGUACUGGGAAACAUCCAUACACACUCAGUCACACACAUACACUACGUUUAAUUUAGGUUAUUCAAUUCACCUGUGGGGGGAAACCAGAGCACCCAGAGGGAACCCACGCGAACACGGGGAGAACAUGCAAACUCCACACAGAAAUGCCAACUGACCCAGCUGUGACCUUUUUGCUGUGAGGCGACAGUGCUAACCACUGAGCCACCGUGUCGCCCUUGUGAAACAUAAAAAUUCAUUUAAUUCUAGAGUUUAAAUUUGGAGGAAGUUCUCCAUUCUGCUGAUUUUAUUCUCUUUAGUUACUGUUUGAAGAGUCCAGUUCACCCCAGGAGUGAAAAAUAAGACUAUAUAAUCAGCUCACAAUAGCUGGGUUUCCAUCAUCACGUGUUAAUGCACAUUUUGAAGUAUCGCAUGAGAAAGGAGUGAUGGAAAUGCCAAAUGGUGAAUAAAAAUAAUUUUACGCUCACUUGAGAUGAUUUUGGACUUUUGGAUUUUGGGUUAAUUUGAAUAACGGAAGAUGGAAACUCAUUUUCCAAAAAAACUCACAUAGCAAAUCAACUAUAUCCAUCAUCAGUGUUGGCAGAUUGGCUGUUUUAAAUUGAAUUCUGUGGGUAAAAAAUAGCAUUGGUGGGCUGACAAAAUGUGGGCAGUUUUGAAACAUAAAUUUUAAAUGCGACUUAUGUAACAAAACUGUGUGCUCCUACUCCAUUCAGUUAGUAGUGACCAGUGCAUAGUGAAAACCAUGUGGGCCCACCCGCAAGAGGAGGUGAAGGAAAGUUGUAUCAAAAUCUGCCACCCCAGACAAAUCAGACUCCCCUUCGCGUGCACGCAUCACACAGUGCCUGCGGUUAAACUCACAACGGUUUUAUCAUGACACUUUUAUCGAUCAUUUUUUUCCGCAGUUGACAGCAGUAAUAAACAUAGAAGUGUUGUCUGUUUGACAAGCAGAAUCUAAUCCCGUUCAAAAGAAUUUAAAACGCCAAAUGGCAUUUUAUACCCCUUUUUGAAAGUAAAACAUACUCUAAUAGGAAGCGUAAUCUACAUAACAUUAAGUGCAAUGAGAGGGGGCAGUGUUUUGAUGUGAUCCGGUUAUGUUGUGGUUCUGUAACCGCUAGUGUUGGUUGAUGUAUGGUUAAAAAUGUGGCCAGUUAAAGUAACUAGGUUAAUUACGAUUUGAAUAAAUAAAAAUUAAUAAAAUAUUAAUCCAAUAUUUUGGGUUGUUUUUUGUGCAUUUGGGUGGGUUUUGACAGCUUUUGGGCUGGAAAGUUAGCUAUAUUUGGCAACACUGUCCAUUAUGCUUGUCUUGUUUAUUGUUGGUUACCAAUACAGUCAACCACUGUAGCAACUUAAUGGAAAUUCACGUGAUUCACAUUUUCUUUGAGAGAUUCUCUUCACAUAUGGAUGGGAAACCGACUAACAACAUUGUGUUUAUUAUAAGUUUCCACUGCAGUUUUAUUGCUUAACUAUUCAACGGUUUUUAAAGCUUAUGAUUGGAUGUCAAUGUUUUUAUCUCUCAUCAGCUAAAAAUGGUUCUGAAAUUGAUUUAAUUGAUAUCGUUCUUCUGUAUUGUUAUCAAUAUGUUUAUGAUGUGGACUCUUUACAUUCCUUUGGUGUGCACUGGUCUUUAAACUCUUUCGACUGGUUGCCUAUUCAAACCAAGGAUGAUAACUAUAAUGAUAACUAACGUCAACACUGCCAUCUGACACUUUAAAUGGUUGCAUUCUGUAAAAUAAAGUAUUCUGACCGAUUGUCAAUGUCAACAUUUUAAGAAAUAUUGCUUCUCUGUGCUCUUAUUGUUAUAGUGGUUGUGUUGAUUUUUCUUUUAUAUUUAAAUGAUGUCUAGAACUACAUAUUUUUGUUAGAAUUAUAAUUAUCCUUGGUGUGAACAGAGUUUUAGAUAUUAGACUUUUACUAAUUGCAUACUAAUUUAAAAGUCAUAAUUUAAAUCAUAUUUAUUACAAAAUAGGGUAUCAAAUAUUUGUGAGGAUUAAUGUGUUGCAGCAGGCUGCACUCAUGCCAUAUUAUAAUUAUUAGCAACAGAUUUUUAAGCACAGUACCAUUAUUUAAUUAUUAUGUACUUAGGUUUUCCUAAGAUUUCCACAGCAUUUCUUGGCUUGUGUUAUAUAUUCUGUGAAGUCUAUUUUAAAAACGUGUACAUGCAAUAAAUAAAAAUGAUGACCAGCAGGUGGCGAUGGAGAGUUGAAUGUUAGUUUUACUGGAUACAGGUUUUUCCUGAUGGUAUCUGUCAUGUAAAGUCUCAGUUGUGCUAUCCAGAAUAGUCGAAGAUUGUAAUUUUCAUCAGGAAAUCAGGAAAAAUGUUUAAUAUUUUGGAAUGAUGAAAACUCAUGCAGUAUUUUUCAAAUAAUUUUUGUCAUAAAUUAUCUGGUGAAAUGUUCACUAAUGUACAAAUAAACAGUUUCACUGA